AGAUCAUGUUAUCAUUCGUUGGUUAAAUCUAAUUGUUGUACAAGUGGCAUUUUCUUUCGGUGUUGCGUGUGUAUUAUUUGUAUUGAUUAUAAUUGAGAAAGUAAUUAUGGAACAAUUGUGAACGAUAAAGCUUUGUUAAAACUUGGAAAUGAUUGUAUAUUAGAGAAAUAGUUGCAAUACGCAAUAGGGGGAGAUAGUUGGAAUUAUUUUAUUUCAUAACCUAACUUUUCUAAAACGUUCAACAAUGAAUUCUCCAGGAUCUCAAGCUCUAGAAGCAGCAAAAAACAUGAAAGACUUGACAAUAUUUAAGAAGCCAAUAGGUGUAGUUAAAAGGUAUAAAAAAUUACAACCAAAGAUUUUAGACGAAGACACAUACAUAAAAAGAAUGGGUGAAAUUAUUCAAAGAGACUUUUUUCCACACUUGGAUAAACUACAAGCACAAAAUCAGUAUUUGGAUGCAUUAGAACAGAAUGAUGUAAAAAAGAUGAGAGAAAUUUAUGAGAAAUAUAGUUCAGGAAGACCUGCAACUGAAAGACCUGCUAGUCCAGCAACAUUUGAAACACCUAUGAAUAAGACUGAAUCAGAAGAUGAACAAUUCAAACCAACAAAACCAUCAGAGGAUGCACCUGCAAAUGUAACUUCAAAAGAUAACGAUAAAAUGGAAAUUAAAACUGGAUUAGAUGCAUAUUUGAGUACACAUACAAGCGAAGAUAAUGCUAGUUUUGAAGAGAUGAUGGUUGAAGCAGAAAAAAAACUCAAAUUAAAAUUUGCUUGGCUGUAUGAAGCAGAAGAAAAUUCAAAGGCACUGACUAAUAAGGCAGAUUCAGAUAUCUUAGCUAUUGAGAAUGGUAAUGAGAAACCUAAUCAGUUAGAUAGUUGGGCUUAUAAAAAUAAAAAUUAUAUUAUGUAUGUUCCUGAUGGUGUUGAAUUAACUCCUGAUGAAAGGAUAGAUUUAGCCAAAAAGAGACAAAUGGUAGUACAUGAAAAUACAAGGUUACGGAUUAAUCCAUUCAAUGAACAACAAAAUAAAGAGACUAUUAACGAGUUAGCAAAGAGUCAAUCAAAAGCUAAUGAUGGUAAAAUUGGUGUUGAUGGUAAAGAAAUUGUAAGAAAUCCAACGCCUAGAGUUAAUGGAUUUAGUUUUGUGGCAACACCAAGUCCAAGACCUGGGGAAUGUGAAAGCCCUUUGAUGACAUGGGGUCAAAUUGAAGGUACACCAUUUAGAUUGGAUGGUGGAGAUACUCCUUUAUUACGAACAAGUCAAGGACCAUCAUUUAGAAUGGCAGAACCACCUAAAAGAGAACAGCUUGCAUUACAGUUGGCAGAAAAAGCUGGAGAAAGGCACAGAGAUAGGAAAAGUAAAGCUUUAGAAGCAGCAAGAAAAUCAUUAGCAACACCAUCUCCUAGAUCAACUAUAGAUCGUUUAAGUACCAUGUCUCCAGCAGCUAGAAGAUUAGCUACUCAGAAACUUCGUAUUGCAAGUACACCAUCUCCGCGACGAACUUUAUCCUCGAGAACACCCUCGAUAGGUAUUAGAACACCCAGUACUCCGCGAAUAAGUACACCUUCGAAAUCUGAAAAACGUCUCGAAUCUGAAGACACCAUCACGCGAUGUCAGGGACCUGUUCUCACCGAUAAUUUACUUAAUUUGCCUCUUCAAAGGCAAAGAGCGGCUGACUUUUUUAACACGUAAAGUAAAUUAAAGUAUAUCGUUAUUUCAAUACUGUGUAUUGUGUAUAUUGUUGUAAAUACAUUAGUAUAUGGUUAAACAAAUAAUAUUAAUUUAUCUUAUAAGUAUUAAUUGUGUAUAUCGUCUAAUUCAUAUUUUAUAAUAAAAUCUUAUCAGUAAA